CGGAAAUGUAUAUUUGCAUAAUUUACUUUGGGAGGGUUUGAUCAGUAGUCAUUUCAGGUGGGCGCGAUACUUUCAGGGAGAAAGUGUUUUACUGACCUAACUUGGCUGGACAAAACUGGCAUCGCUCAGGUGACUUGAAACGUCUACGUUAAUUUCUAAACUGAUUUUCGUUAGCCUUGUUGUACUUUGUUAUUUUUGAAUUUAAUUCGUCUUUGUUUUCAUCACAAAGAUAUUUUUUACUCAGGUUGUAGCAGUUGAAUUAUGUAAUUGGAAAUCUUUGUACCCCUAAAAAUGCACCAAUAAUUUGUUUCCGUACCAAUAGCAAGCUCUUAAAAGGUGAAAGCAGAGUUCGGACCUUGCUUACUUUCCUCUAUCCGAUGGAGAAAUAUUCAGUUCAGUUGUACCGUCAGAUUAAUGAUAGUGCGGCGUUUAAAUCAACAGUUGGCAAAAAUUAUUUCAAAGACUGAACGCCUAAAUCCAUGAUGAAUAUGUGCUUUUUGCGGCCAAGCUGGAGGAAAAAAAACUAGCGAAGAGACCUACAACACUAUAAUUUUCAUCGAACAGGGAAUUUAUUUUAUUUUUUUCAUUUUAACUGGCUUGGGCUUCUGAAUCGUGCAAGGGUUACAUAACCAAUUUGGUUCAGGGUUAGAAUUUUUACGAGUUGUCUUACUCAGCUGAAAAUAUAACUCAAAUAAUUCCUAAUUGAACCAUCCAGCAAACAUUUUUGUUCUGUAUUGUUUUGUUUUAAUUAGGGAAAAUUAAGGGAUUAGAGUAUUUUGUCUAUAUCGUCAGGAAUAUUCACAGUUAAAUGGUUCUCAGAUCAGGGGUAGAGCUCAAAAAGGGCUAUUAUGAACAAAAUGGCAGAACAGGACAAGAAAACUUUAACUGUUCAGCAAAAAGUAACCUAUUUUUAUUGUUUCUUAAUCCCAUAUGAAAACAACUUAUGCAACUUAGCUUGGCUCAUUAUCUUGGUGAAAACCCUGCGACUGACUGAAUUAAAAGCAUGUCCGGGAAUAAAUUAUUUAGACAAGACGUGUCACACGCACAGUCCACUGACAGUCAACAUUAGCAUAUAAAUGGCGGAUGCACCAGCAGAAUGGAAUGAACGCGAGCUCUGCUAUAAUCGUUUCUUCCUCGUCCACUUUUUUGUACUAUGAUAAUAACUCCUUGAAUUUUGAUCAAUAUAUGUUGUAUUCAACCUUAAUUUGAAAGUCCUGCAACGAGGAUGCCAUCACGCAAGACGUAAAUAAAUAAAUAAAAAAUAAUUUGAAUUAAUAUUAAAAAGGAAAAAUUGUCCUACCGAAUAGAUGAAACUGAUAAAAAAUAUAUAUAUAUUUACAGCAUUGACUAUUCAGUGUCCUUUACCGGCUAAAAUACUCAAUAUUAAUAUUUAUUACCGACUAAAAUACUCAAACAAGACUUUUGAAUCGAUCAGGAGACUUACGCAGCUAAGCCUGUACAGAUCUUGCACGAAAGGCGCUUUUGGGGUCUUGAAACGUCUAUCGCCUAUCGUCUACUGGACCUUUUCGGAACUCGAUUUCUAUCAACUCGAGCCCGGAUUCGAUCGGAUGGCGGGAAAGGCGGCAACAGAACCGUUGUAGUGAAAGCCAAACAGCUCGGGUGCCACUCCUAAGUUAUCUGAUGCAACUUCAAAUUUCUACCGGGCAAAACUGAAGACAGUUCAAGUGCACCAAGAGCAAGGGAGAACGACUGAGGAUGUUAACACAUUCUAGAAGAGUUAAAGAGCCAUGAACGACCCCAUGAGCUGCUCGCUUGCUGGUGUCCAAAAACCGAAGACCCAUGUAAACUUAUUAAAAACUACAUGGGAAUGAUGGCUAUUUCAUAACAAACUUCGUCACAGCCCAACAGGCACGUUAUCGAUAGGGUCAUCAUUGCGGUUAGUUAACUGAUAGGGUCUUCCUUCAGUAGAUAAAAAACUGGGGCAAAAGUCCGCUCCAAAAAACCUUUCGCUGAAAAGCUUUUUUUGUCCCCAAAAUCCACCUUUUCCGCUGGCUACAUUCAGGUAGCAGGGCGUUGUGAUAAACGUCAUUGAUAAGGUCUUCGUAGACUGCAAAACAGUCCUUAUUUUUGCGUAUUCAAGUACGCGCGAGCAGUCAAUCAAAAGGUCUGGAACGAGGCUGAAAAUAGAGAGCGAGACUAGGCAGAGAGGCUUGCGCGCUUCGCGCGCGUACUACUCUUACGCCACGCUUCACCGAUUCUUUACUGAUUUUGAGAAAAAAACCGACUGUUUUGCAGUCUAGGGUCUUCGUUCUAGUUCGUCAAAAAGUCUGGUCACACUACAAAAUCGAUACAAGGGACGGCGAGGUCUCGUUUGAAGUUUUACCCGGCUACUUUUAAAAAAGAGAACCCUAUCAACAUAGCCUGCACGACAGACGGAACUAAUCUUCGAUUAAAUUAAGUCUGCGACCCAGGUUUGAACGAAACCAUUAACAAUACGAUAACUGACGCCGGUGCCUGUUGGUCUUGAAGAAGUGUGUUAUGAGUUAGCCGUCAUCUCCAGUCAUCUUUAUUUAGUUUUACAUCAGUUUACAUGGAUCUUCAGUUUGGGUCUUCGAUCUGCGGUUUGUUAGUCUGCAAAACAGUCCGUAUUUUUGCGUAAUCAAGUACGCGCGAACAGUCAACGAAAGGUCUGGAGUUAGGCUGAUAACGGAGAGUGAGACUGGGGCAGAGAAGCUAAAAAUACCGUAUUUUUCUCUUGGAACUUGUGGAACUCUGACGCCACACCGGGGCGUCGUGCUUUGAUAAAAGCGAUUUUGCAUUUUGAGAACCGACUGUUUUGAGGUCUAGCGGUUUGUAGACAUCCACUUGCUGCCCUAAAACUGCGAUCGCAACAUUCUAACAUCAAUACCACUAUGAUAAGGAAAGAGCCCGGUGGACGUACUUCUCUUAGCACUUGAGAGGAAAAGACGCCGACGAACAUCUAAAAUGAUCAAUAUUCAAUAAUGGCUGCGACACCAUCACUGGACGUAGCCAGAAUAUUUACAAUUAUAUUAAUUAAAAAUUCCACGGCCGUUCAUUGUAGUUGUUAGGCCGGAUAGGUUACUAACUAACCUGUUAAAUUUUCUCCAAAUAGUUGAUUAUUAUUCAAAAUUAUCGAAACAUAUUGUAAUUUAUGCACCUGCUGGGCAAGUCUAAGGCUUAUGUAAAUUCCGAAGAAACAAUAGAUCACCUUCGUCGGCAAUAUAAAGUUGUUAUUAUUAUUAUUAUUAUUAUUAUUAUUAUUAUUAUUAUUAUUAUUAUUAUUGUCUCUAUUAUCACAGUCUUUGCUGGUGUUCUUUUUGUGCAUCAGCCGGGCGCAAACCAUGCACCUAGAGUGUCAGUCACUCAAGUCAAUCAUUCUGUUCAUACACUGAGCACCUUUCUGAGGAUUCGUGCAGAUCCCAGCAUGCAGAUCUUUUGAAUCUCUGUCAUUUUACCUCUUUCUGAUACUUUCUUGAUGUUUUCUACCAUACCGUUCUUCACUGUACCAAGCGCACCAACAACCACAGGGAUCACUACGGUUUUCAUAUGCCACAUUCUCUGUAUUUCUAGUUCUAGGUCUUUGUACUUGCAUUUUUUUUCAGUUUCCUUCAGUGCGAUGUUUCUAUCUGAUGGAACAGUCAUAUCAAUAAGUUUGCAGGUAGAAUUCACUGAAUCUUUAACGAUGAUAUCUGGUCUGUUCGCUGUUAUAGUUCUAUCAGUAUUGACUGGCAUGUCCCACAUGAUGGUGAUGUUGUUGUCUUUAUUGUGUAUCACGGUCUCUGGUUCGUGUUCGUACCAUUUGUCUGUAAUCUCUAUAUCAUGAUCUUUACAUAUGCUCCAAUGGAGAUAUGCUGCAGCAUUAUUGUGCCUGGAGAUGUACUCUGUUUUGGCUAAUACCUUACAUCCAGGUACAAUAUGGUCCCCUGUCUCUUCAUGUUGCGAACACAAUCUGCAUUUGCUCUCCACUUGCUGGCCACAUAUUACUUUCUGGUAGUUUCUGGUGUUUAUUGCCUGGUCUUGAGCUGCAACAAGUAGUCCCUCUGUUUCUCCUUUCAAAUUACUUGACAACCAUUUGUUGGUGGUGACUGUGUCUACAUGAGGCUUCUCUAGGAUCUUUGGAUACUGGCCAUGCAAUGCUUUGUUUUUCCACUUUUCUUCUUUCAUUGACUUUAUCCUGGACUUAAACACGUGUUUCAGGGCUUUAGAAUUUUCAGAGGCAGAUUUAUCUUCUCUGUUCUCAAUCUCUGGCAUUGUUACUUCCCUUUUGAAUUUAGUAGCAUUCUUGGAUAUUGAAUUUUUGGCUUUAGAUCUUUCAUGUUCAAGCACCUGCUUUGGAUAUUGCCAUUCGUUGUGCUUCAGAUAGUGAUCAAGCCCUAUUGUUGCAGUUUUGAAUGCUGUUUCUACAUCAAUCAGGCCCCUACCUCCAUCUUUUCUUGGGAUGUACAGCCUUUCCGCAUCUGCUUUAGGAUGUAACAUCUUGUGCAUGUUCAAUAGUUUGCGUGUUUUUGUGUCAAUCUUCUUCAGUUCUGAGAUUUUCCAGUCAAUGAUGCCAAAGCUAUAUUGCGCAACUGGGACUGCAGGACUAUUGAUAGCUUCUAUUUUGUUUCUUCCAUUGAGCUCAGUUCUUAGGAUUAAUCUUACUCUCCUAUUAUAUUCUUUUCUUAUCUUCUCUUUCAUUUUGCUAUGGUGGAUACCGUCACUUUCAUCUACACCCAGGUAUUUGUAUACUCCUUCCUGGUUCAACUCUUGUAUUUCUCUGUCAUCAUCUAUUAUUAUGUUUCCAGUUGAGGCCAGUUUACCUUUCAUGAAACUGACUUUGGCACAUUUCUCAAGUCCGAAUUCCAUACCAAUAUCAUCACUGAAUUGUUUCACUAUUUUCAGUUCUCCAACUUGUUCUUGCUCGUUCUUGCUAUACAAUUUUAGAUCAUCCAUAUAAAACAGAUUGCUUAUUGGAGCACUUGUAACCAUACCAAGAUGUAGCCAGCUCUGAUGUUAAAGGUACAAGGGCUAGGCAAAAUAGCAGAGGUGAGAAUGAAUCUCCUUGAAAGAUCCCUUUUUUGAUCUUGAUUUGAUCUGUUGUGAUACAUCCAUCAUUGUAAGAUAGCUUCAUCGUAGUUUUCCAGUUGCACAUUGAGGUUCUCAUGAACUUGAUUAGUUUUUCAUUAAAUCUGUAAAUCUGUAAGGUCUUCAGUAUCCAGCUGUGAGGAACACUAUCAUAGGCUUUUCUGUAGUCUAUCCAAGUCAUACUCAAGUUCUUUUUCUUCUUUUUGCAGUCUUCUAUGAUCAUUUUAUUUAUUAGCUGAUCUUUGCAUCCAUAUGAACCCCUGACACAACCUCUCUGUUCUUCCGGCAAUAUAUCAUUCUUUGUGAUAUGGGUGUAGCUUCUAUCAGUUAAAAUCGAUGUGAGCACCUUGCAGGAUGUUGAUAAACAGGCAAUUGGUUUAUUAUUAUUAUUAUUAUUAUUAUUAUUAUUAUUAUUAUUAUUGCGGGAAACAAGAGGAGCCCUCAGUCCUGAUCUCCAGGUUGCUAUUGUGCAUGAGCAUGUAGCUAGUAUGAGUUUGGAACUUCUAUUAUUCGUAAUCUGAUUACAAGUACAUAGAACUUCUAUUGCAUGAAAUGGACGCAAAGCACAGCGUUAGAAAAAGGGUGAUCUUCUUCUCACCCGCGCUCCCUAAUCUUGGUUAUUACUAGUUGUUAUUAUUAUUAUUAUUAUUAUUAUUAUUAUUAGCAUUAGCAUUAUUAUAUUCAAGGUUCUAAUAGUACAUGUAGUUUGUCGCUGUACAGGGUAGGAGAUCCACUUCACUCGCCUCAGUCCUCUAAGCCUAGUAUUAGGAAUUUUCAUGUGGAGGCCAUAACAUGCCAUAACACUUUUGCCGGCUGUUGCUGCGACAGUCAGUUGAUCCCGAGGCGAGGGAUAAGUCGCGCGUUUACAGCCUUGUCGACGUUGCACUAGUUACGCAUUCCAAUGAUAGCAUCAUUAUCAUCAUCAUCAUCAUCAUUUAUUGCUUUUUAUUAUAUAGACACAAGUGUUUUACGGUAAAAUAUACCUCUCGUAAAAUUCAUAAAAACUACAUCCGGGACCCGAGUGGUUUAUUUUCCACGAACUCACACGUGAGUUUAUCGGUGACGUAAUUUCGGUCAUUUCCCUCUAUUAUGUUAUCGAUGUCUUUUUGCCUAUAUAAUAAAAAGAACAUUACACGUCGGCUUGAAGAUAUGAAUUUUAUUUUCUCGUGGCAAAAACAAUAUUUCAUUCACUCGCUGCGCUCGUUCGUAAAAUAUUGUUUUGCAAAAUAUAAAAAAUAUAGUUCACAUCUUCGCGCCACCGUCUAAUAUCCUCUAUUUAAUUUCUGGAAGACCAGUACAUAAAAGUGGUUGUUGUGACAAGAUUGAAGAGUCUAUGGUCUGUUAAAGUUGUGGAAAAGAUAUUUUGAGUAACUACUCACUCUUAGUCGCUUCUGAUCUCUUCUUAGGCUGACGACUAUCCUACAAUCAUGAACGACGUAUACGAGAACAAUAACAGUUUUGUCGAGAAAGAUUCAUUUAUGGCGAAGGAAAUAACAUUUUAUCGACUGGAUGAUAAUGCUAGCGGAUUCCAGGUCAGUGUGACGAAAGCCAGAAUGUCUUCGUUUUGAAUUGUUUUUCAGACGGCAAGACAGUCUUAUUUUCAUGUAUUAUUCAAACGGUGCGUUGUAUCCAAAUCAAAGGUCUGGAGUAAGUACAAAACUAAGCCCGGGUGGAGAGGCGGAUACUCCCAUAAAUUUCGGGUAGGUGUGUGCUGCCCAUGGUUCAGGAACCCCUUGCUGCAGUUGUUCAAGAGAUGGAUAACGCUAUCCAGCGGAUAAAUCACUAUCCACUGAAUAUCGCAAUUAGUUUCCCUAACACUUAUCCGUUGUAUAGUGAUUUAUCCGGUGGAUAGCGCUAUCCAACUUUUGAACAACUGGGGCCUGAUGUGUAAGGAUGAAACAAACGAAAUCUGAUACCCUAGUUAAGGCUCGAACCCGAAAAAUGACACCCUCUUCAGGGGAAAAACAAAACCUAACAAUUUAAUAUCAACACACUACUACGCUAAGGGAUAGUUCAGUUUUAACAGAUUUUUUCUCAGUCUCGUCAUCUUGCUGGACGUUUACGCACUUGAAUUUUAGCUGCUUCAGUUUAGGUACCCAAUCUUUGGAUCAAGGCCAACAAGGGCAAAAAAUGAUACCCUGUUUAUGGUUCAAGACCCUCAAAAACCAUACCCUACUGGGCGGCACACCGGGGCGGCACCCCGGGCGGCACAUACUUAUCUAACCCAUAAUUGGGAGUACGCCGCGGGAAACUAAGUGAAACUGGGGAAAAUGAAGCUCACAAGCGAGCAUUCUUGUUGCUUUUAGUGGUCUUUAACACCUUACAACAGUGAUUUAGUUUGAGAAAAAUAAACGGCUAUUUUCAUAUCCAGCCGUCAUGGUAAGCUGCUUGAAAUAGACUCUAGACAGUCGAGCGAGAGCACAGGGAACCCGAACGCUGUAUUAACUAAUAGAAAAAUUAGAUGUAUUUACGCUGUAUUAGCUGAUAAAAUAAUAUGUAUUUACCUUUGUUCCUGUGUCUUUAUGAGUCGUUUUGGAAGGGAUUUGAAUCCGAUCAGACAGAGACGGUUAACAUUGCUGGUUAUCAAAUGCGUUUGCUUGUCUGGCGCCUUGUAAAUAAGACGUUCAAGUCUCGUCGCACGUUUCUAAUAUUGUUAACUAUUAACUCAGUUAAUAGUUAACAUGACAAUAUUAGAAACGUGAGACGAAACUUAAAGACGCGCCAGACAAGCAAACGCAUUCACGGAUAACCAGCAAUGUUAACAGUCUCUGAUCGGAUUCAAAUCCCUUCCAAAACGACUCAUAAAGACACAGGAACAGAGGAAAAUGUAUCUUAUUAUUUUAUUAGCUAAUACAGCGUAAAUACAUCCAAUUUUUUCUAUUAGGUAAUACAGCGUUCGGGCUCGCUGUGGCGAGAGACUAAAUAUGAGCAAACCUGAGAACAGGAAAUGGAUGAACCCCGGAGAGCUCCAACCCCCAGUUUCCCAUCGAGUUGCCAGUGCUGUAUUAUGGCAAGUUUAUUUUCACAUAACCUGCUGUGAAAAAAGGCUAUAGGUAAUUCGGAAUUAGCUUAUCGUACCUUCUUAUACCCGCAGAACUUUAAAUCAUUGUCUUGUUUGAUCACCUGACCAGGACACGCUUAGUGCCAUAGUGAACUACCUGACGCAGCUUCCAAGGAUGGUUCUAGAUGGUUCCAUAAAGUUCCCGAAGGAGCCCUCGGAUAUAGCUCGCAAAGUCUUCGCAGACCCGAUCGUUAGCGACUUUCUGAUUCGUUCCUCGCGCCUAGCAGUGUUUUCUAAAGAGCUGGCCAAAUCCUUCAGAGGUGAUCUUGAUGCGCUUGCCGUUAUUAAGCAACUCAAGUUUUUCUACAACUUACCAACUGUCGCUGUGCUGCAGCAGUUUGCGAAACUCGUUGCAAGGUUAGUCCUCUAACCUUUUAUCGAUAAAUAAUUAUUAAGACCAGUUUGGCGGAAUUCGAAACAUGUCGACGACGCAAGCGCAAUGCACAAGUCGCGCAAGCACUAUGAACAGAUCUCUCAUGAGGUACCUCGGUAGCUGGCGGGACAAGAGUAGGGUGUAGUGCAAUUUGACUCUUCCCAAUUCCUAUUGUGGCUUAACAGCCUAGACAAAAUACAUAAAAAGCACGCGUGGACUUAAGCAAUUGCACGCGAUAAAUCCCUCCAGCUACGCAGGUUACACAUAAGAGAAAUUAAACCUUUACUGCUAAUUUUGUUAGCCUUUCCUCACUCCGCUAUUUAGGUCAUUGCAAUCAAUAUUUAUUACCUUCAUUAAUCCUUUUACUGGAACAUAGGAGGCUGCAAUGGUCCUUCAGAGCUCUGUUGGUUAGACCGAUUGUACUGAUAUAGGAGUUGUUGAACCCAGCUGAAACACUGGAUAUUUUCCUCGGGCUGGCACCCUCGUUUUCCUCAUCUGGCGGGUUCACCGCUCGACAUUCGCUCGCCUUUACUCCCCUCGGUAGAUCUGAAAAAAAAGAGAGACGGCGUGCAUGCAGUCUAGUUUUCACACAGCAGCGAGAACCAUUUUUUUUAAAUUACUGACAUUAUCAUUAGGGAGCUUAAGCAGCGACGUUUUUGAGCCACGCACGUCAACCGGAAGUGAGGUAUUUUCCCUCUUAACAUGCCUUGAUGAUAUAAAAUUUGUAUUCCUUAGCUUCUUUACUGUUAUAGAGGCGAUUUGACUGAAAAUUUGCGCGAAACCACCGUCAAAAAAUGAAAAAAGGCCACUUCCGGUUGACGUGCGUCGCUCAAAAACGUUGUUGCUUAAGCUCCCUAUUAACAGAUGACAACCGUAUCUUUCCAUAGAACGGAUAAUGUAGAGGCAACGAAGAAAUGGAACAGCAUCAUUGAGAAGAUUGCAGCUUGCGGACUCGGUUCAAUGACUGUUCGUGUUUUACUCCAAGAAAUAGAGGGCCCCCAAUGCUAUCUGGAUAACGCUGAGUACCUUGAGGAGGCAGACCCACACGCAGUAUAUCCUACAUCAAUUUAUCGCACCUGCGAGGGUUACGUGUUGGCAAAACCCGAUGCUUCCGUGAUUGAAAGUACCAUGAGCCUGUCUCUAACAACUACUAUUAAAAUUGUCAGUGGUGUGCUGAAUCCUGCCAAUCAUGAGCUGAGGAAUAUUUACCAGGCCCUUGGAAGGUAUACCAUCCUACGCGACCCCUUUUACAUUUCGUUCUAAAAUAAAAACUUGCUUUCUUGAUGUAGUUAGAACGGUUUUUUAAUUGUGCUUGGCGUAUAAGGUAGCAGUGUUUACCUUUUAUUUUAGAAUAGUCCUUUUGGAAAGAAGAUUACCUCACACCCUUAUUCAGUAGCCAAUCACAAGCAAAGAAGACCAUCAAAUAUUGCACCCAUGCGCAUGGCGUCGGCUAUGUCUUUUUCUUUUCUUGUUUGUUUUUUUACUUCAGGCUGGUUUUUAGGCACUUAACUGAGUCAACCUCUCUUUUGCCAAAUGUAGCACGAUAUGGUUUUCCCCUGCCCACAACCGUCCCUUAUUGUUGUUUUUAGCAACCACAGUAUGACAUUAUGUUUUAAUGGCAGUUAAAAAACAAAAUGAUUCAACAUUCAGUCCCCUUUCUUUAUUUUCUUCAGAUGCGUCGCUGUUGUUGACGACAAAGUGGAGAAACUCUACGGCAACGCACUUCAAGCCUACUUCGACCGGUACAACAUCGAGCUGUGCAAGCUGGUUUUCUCCGGGAAUGAAGCCAACAAAGAUGUUUCAACUGUGGAAAAUAUUCUUGUGUCGUUGAAAAGGAAGCGCGUCUCCAGAAACGAGCCGGUGCUGGUGAUUGGCGGUGGUGUAAUAUCAGAUGUCGCUGGCUUUGCCACGGCACUGUAUCACCGAAACACCCCAUACGUUAUGCUCUGUACGAGCAUCGUAUCUGGAAUUGACGCCGGACCCUCCCCUCGCACCUGCUGUGAUGGCUUUGGCUUCAAGAAUCUGUACGGAGCAUACCAUCCCCCUGUGCUUACACUUACAGAUAGAUCAUUCUUCCGAACCCUUCAUCAUGGUUGGCUGAGACAUGGCAUCGCUGAAAUCAUCAAAAUGGCAGCAGUGAAGGACGAAAGUCUCUUUAACUUGCUGGAGAAAGGAUCCUCUGAUCUAGUGUGGACAAAAUUUGGAACCGAGAUGGAAGAUUUUAAUGGUGAUCAUACAGAAUUUGGAAAGCUGUGUGAUUUGAUCAUUGGGAAAGCUCUUGAAAGGUAAGUGUCUUAACUUUCGUCUUCCCAUCGGAGGGGGAAACAGCUUCGACUGGCUACCAAAGGCUUCCCGUGACAAUACCCUGAACUUCUGGAUGAGUCACCUUGGGCCUAAUUGCCAUUACAUAUGCAUGAGGCGAAAAUCUUGUAAAGUCCAGUAAUCCAUAAGAAAGCUAUAGAAGAACUUUUUUGCUGCCUUUUACCAUGCCCAAGAAAGUGGUGCGUGGAUAAGUUCAUUAUUUUAUUGUCAGGCAAUAGUUAAUGGUCAAUUGUCUUGGGUAUUUUUCAGCUACGUGAUAUCUGAAUACGGAAACCUUUGGGAAACGCACCAGUGCCGUCCACAUGCCUUUGGUCAUACAUGGAGCCCUGGGUACGAGCUGCCAGCCGGCAUGCUCCAUGGCCAUGCAGUAUCGACUGGAAUGGGAUUUGGGGCUUAUCUUUCUUUCUGCGAGGGUUGGACCACUCGGGCUGAACUUGAUCGCAUCUUGACCCUGCUGAGUGAUCUGGAGUUGUCCUUGUGGCACCCAAUCAUGCAAGACGUGCAGCGCAUCUACAGUUCUCAGGAGAAAAUGAUCGAAAAACGUGGGGGUAAUCUCGCAGCCCCUGUUCCCAAGGGCAUUGGCAAGUGCGGAUACAUCAACCACCUGCCUUACGAGCUCCUUGUCAUACGCCUUCAAGAGUACCUGAAGAUCUGCCAAGGUUACCCCAGAGGAGGCCUGGGAGUAGAGGCACACUGCAGGGAUGUUGGAUUAGAAGACCCGACAGAGGGCAGCGUGAAUCAGGCACUUCCCGAGGUGCUCAACGGGUUCGAAAAUGGUUACCGUGACGACACGACAGACAACGACGACGUCCUCGUAAGCAAUGGCCAUGCAGAACUACACAAAGGGUAUGAAAAAGAUUUUCAGCCAGGCGAAAAACGCAAGGAGCUGUCAUACUCUGAAUGGAUCGAAGCUGUACAGAAAAAGAGAACAAAGAACAUUCCUUCCCACGUCGCUUUUGAAAAAGCUGAAGAUACACCAAACCCACCCGUUUUCAAGCCUAACGAAUUGUGUCAUCCAGGUAAAUAUACGUCACGCAAUGUAAACGAUAUCCGGCCUCUCAGUUAGUGACGUUUUCCGAUGAUCGGAAGUUCUUAAUAUCUUGGCUUGUCAUCCAAACAUGGUCUAAAAAAAAUUAUAGAUACAGUCCAGGAACAGGAAAAAUUCCAGGAAUUAUGCUCUGGUUUGAAUAAACUAUUUUCUUUUAAGUAAACAAAAAUUAAAAUUGUACACUUUAAAGAAUGUUAAACCAUGUGAAUAUAGCAUUUGAAUAUGAUGCCUUGUAAUAGAAAAGUCACUUCUUGUAGAGUUUAAUUUAUCCAUACCGUUUAUUAAUUACAAAUGGCAAAAAUGAAAUUGAAGGACAAAAAUUCAAGCCGAACUAAAAAGUACUCUUUUUUCUCAAGGUGUUGAAGACUACGCUAUCAACAUGACGCAGGUUCCAAGUCUAGACAUACAGAAGAUUGCCCUCGCCACAGAGGACCAAGAAAUGUUCACUCCAUGUAUGGUAGGACAGCUGGAAGCACAGUUCUUAAAGAUGAUGGCACAGCUGGCCAAUGCUAAGAGGGUACUUGAUGUGGGUACGUUUACUGGGAUGUCUGCCAUGGCGUUCGCUGAAGGGCUACCAUCAGAUGGUGAAGUAGUGACUAUUGAAUUCGACCCUAAGAUAGCUUCAGUCGCUGAUCAGUUGUUCCGCAGUUCGUCACAGUGCCACAAGUUAACUCUUAAGGCAAGUUUUGCACGUCGUUAACACUUCACUUUUGCACAUAUCGCUAUAUCUUGCAAUCUACGCAACUUAACCACCUUCGGCUCCAGCGAUAACAAUAAUUCACAUGAUAAUUUCGUCUUUUUCUCAAUACUUUUUAAUCGGCUCAAGGCGAUUCAUCAAUCCAUCGAUCAAUCAGCCCAUAUAGACAUAUAGCGUAUUAAUUAGAGAUCCAUCCAUCCAGACAGCCAUUCAUUUAUCCUAUACUGUUCUGUUCACCCACCAGCCCGUUCACCCUUAAUUACUAUCCAUUCAUUCGCCCUUACAAAUUGGUACUCGUUCACUCGAUCCUAGAGCUAUUCAUUCAUCAUUUUUAUCUAUUUUAUUUGAUAAUUAAUUUUUGAUUUAAUUAUUCCAUUAAAUGUUCCAUUAGGUUGGAGAUGCCGUUAGCGUCAUGAAUGAGCUUAAUUCCUCGGAUGAGAAGUUCGACAUUGUGUUCUUAGACGCAUCCAAGGAUCAGUACACCUCUUACUACAAGAUCGCUCUUGACAUGCUUACACCCUCUGGCUUCAUCAUGGCGGACAACUCACUGUGCGCGCUGCUUUACGAUGAAGAUGAUUCCAGAAGACAGGCCUUACAUGACUUCAACCAGAUGAUCAAGAAUGACAAGCGAGUAGAACAACUAGUGGUGCCUUUCAGGGAAGGCGUGUCUAUUAUAAGACCCAAAAAAUAUCUGUGAAAGAGACAUUAUUUAAUUAUAUUCUGUAUAUUCAAUUUUUUUGAGGGUCAAGGGAUAAUAAAUAGCAUAAAAUUAGUGAACUGCGAUUAUCAUUUACUUUUGUCAAGGCACUUUGCAAAGCCCUGUCUUACAGUUAUCAAUUUACCUCUUAUCACUCUAUCCAGUACAGUCGACUCCCGAGAACUCGAAUCUUCUAGGGAAAUCGAAAAAAGUUCGAGUUAUCUCGCCUGUUCCAGGCGCUCGGAUAGUAGAGUGCGUCGCGAAGGAGACAGCGAGACCACCCCUCGUUGUUGAUGUUGUUUUUUUUCUGUUCACAUCUCUUGCGGCUGUCCCCACGAUCUGAACGCCUGGAACAAGCCAAGAGUUAUCGGGAGCUUGAAGCAAAUAACCGGGAAUAAGGAAAUAAGCAAAUGGAUGAGGAGGACUGUGCACGUAUCAUGCACAAUUCACUUCAAGGGCAGC